GGGAUCGUCGAAUCUGGCGACCGGCUUUCGGCUCGAAGCUCGCGAUGAAGCAUCGCAACGCUUUUCGCAAGCUGGGUCGCGCGAGCAGCCAUCGAUGGGGAUUGCUCCGCACGAUGGUGUCUCAACUCAUACAGCACGAGCGGAUCGAAACCACAGUUGCUAAGGCCAAGGAGCUGAGGUCCGUGGCAGAUCGAAUGGUCACCCUUGCGAAAGAGGGCACGCUGCAGUCGCGGCGGGAGGCAGCAGCAGUCGUGAGAGGGAAGGAUGUGCUGCAGAAGCUUUUCUACGAUCUAUCCGAGAGAUACAAGGAUAGAGCGGGGGGCUACACUAGGGUGCUCCCAACCCGAACACGCGUUGGCGAUGCGGCUCCCAUGGCUUAUAUCGAGUACAUUGACCGCCCGGACGAGCUGCGGCGCAGCCGCCCCCCAUCGGUCCCACCGCCUCCCUCCGAGCCCCAGGCCCCUUGGCUGCUCUCCUCCCUCAGAAGACACUGGGCUCCCCCUGCUGCUGUCCCUUCUGCUGCUGAUGCUUACGGCUCUGCUGCUGCCAGUGCCGGUGAUGCAGAGAUUCCCAAAAAUAGGCGGUGAAGCCACAUAACCCCCUUUCCUGCCCAACCCAUUCCUGCUCAACCAAUUCCUGCCCACCCCAUUCCUGCCCGCCGCAUCCUUGCCCGCCCCAAAGGCUCACCACCUUCCUUGCCAACCCCCAUCGGCCCCUCCUCCCCUUAGCUGCGCCCCUCCCUCAGAAGGCACUGGGCUCCCCCCUCUGCUGCUGCCUCUCCUGCCUCUGCCUCGCCUGCCUCUUCCUCUCCUGCCUCUGCCUCUCCUGCCUCUGCCUCGCCUGCCUCUUCCUCUCCUGCCUCUGCCUCUCCUGCCUCUGCCUCUCCUGCCUCUGCCUCUCCUGCCCCUUCUACUGCUGCUGCUGAUGGCUCUGCUGCUGCCAGCACUGGCAGUCAGUGGAACCAACGUAACCCCCAGCCUUUCCAUUCCACCCCCUAUCGGCCCCACCACCCCCCUCCAAUCCCAAGGCUCCUGCUGCUGCUGCUGCUGCCUGUUGGAAGUACUGGUAGUGUAGCUUUCUAAGUUUCAUGUUAGAAGGUGCUAUGGUAUGGUGCAGUUCAAAUUCCUGGCAUGGUGGUUCACUUGAACAAAUCAGAGUUCAUGUAUUGUAUGGUGUACAGUACAUACAACAACCACGUGAGCAUAAAGAAUCUCACUCACC